AUGGGUAACGGUGCCAAGGCCAACAUGAAGCGCGAGCGCAACGCGAAGGAUGCCAAGGGCGCUCCUAAGUCUCAAAAGAAGGCUAACGAGCAAGCCAUGAACAUCCAAUGCCAAACCUGCAGACAGACCUUCCUUCAGACCACUAAGGCGCCUGCUCUCCUCGAGCAUGCCUCCAACAAGCACAGCAAGGGUCUGGCCGACUGUUUCCCCGGUGUUUCCGUAUAG